GGGACUUUUUGGACCUUGGGUGGAUCGGAGAGGUCCGAUACGUUGCUCACCGCGGGGAAGGAUCGAUUCACUCCACCCGGCCACCGACAGUAAAACGGCGAGGAUGGAGCUGUUUCUCACACGCCCAAUCCGCAAUAUAUUUCGCUCCACACCCUGAUCUCAAGAUAUGCAGUUGGCAGUUUUGACAGAGAAAGCCAAGCGUUGAAGUGCGAGACUUGGCUGGGAGAUGAUUGAGACAUCUCGAGUUUGUUCAACCUGACUUUCAGCCCCCGCAACGGUCGUGGGCUUCAGUCAUCGGCGCUGGCAGUCAACGGCCUCCUCGGCCGAAUCUGAGGUCAUCAGCCACUGAGGCAGCGAUCGUACAGCGAGGUGUCAUGGUUAUCAUGUAUUAUAUGUCCGUCUUCGGCUCAUACUGCACUCGUCUCUCAAUUAGUUCUUUUCUCUGGCCUCUUUUACCACAACACGUAUUCCGUUGUCCCGUCUCUAUUCAUGGAGAGCUCUUCCCACAUGCUUAAUUGGGCAACUGUGGGAAGCGGAAUGGAAGAGGGAGUGGAGAUCGACCCCUGCCAUCAGCCCCUGUCCAGAAUGCGGGUCGGCUGGGUAUCCAGGCAGCCAGGGACAUGGCUAUGGCUUGACUUCGAAGCAGCCGGUCCUUUCUGCACGCCCAUACGCCCAGGCUUUUGCCCCCCCUGGCUAAUACACUAAUCCACACCCUCCCCCUCUCGGCCCCUCCAUCGCAACUGGACCCUCCUCCCCCGGUCAUCCACGAGAAACCCUCGUCCUCCCCCAAUGAGAGGCCGUGCUUUCGGAUGCCACUUCGGGGCAGAUGCACCUUUUGGACGGAGCGGCAGGGCGAUGACCCUCGAUCAGCUUCAUGGAACAACGCCCCGCUAGUCCACGGCGGCCAACCUGGCCGAGGUCACCCUCUCGUGUGGACUUCCAGACUCUUGCUGCGUCUCGAUGCUACCCAAGACCCAGGCGCACAUCUCGACACCGGGAGACCAGGAGAACUGCUCGUCCCCCAAUAUACAUAUGUCCCACACCCCGACGCGACCCGGCCAGUCACCUUGCUCUCUGGUGACUUUCUCUUCUCUUUUCCCCUUCUUUUGCCCACCCCAACGAACAAUCCUUUUUCCCCAGUUCAGACCACGUUGGGCCCUUACAAUCUUGCCGUGGUACUUCCUUGCGCCACGUUCCACCUUGAUCUGUUUUACCGAGACCGACGUCCUCGUACCGCCAUAUAGCAACCGAACCGAAACAUUUAGGACUGGAUUCCGAGCUCGAAUGGAUUCUUAGAUCUGCAUCCGCACGCCCAUAUCACCAUAGCUUCCACCGGACUCACGUGGCCGAAUAGUCGACUGGAGGAUUCGACUUGUGCUGGAAUCGAAACUAGGAAUCCCAGUCUGGAGGUUGAACGAUCGACACCUCAUAUCAUCCCGGCCAUCUGGAUCGGGGGAUAUUGACUGAAAGUGGGUGGAUUGGAUUGUGGAAUACACGUGGAGUACCGACAACGUCGGUCAUUCAGAGAGACGCCAAGAUGUCGAACGGAACAGAGGUUGAAUGUCCAAAGCCAUUCUUGAACGUCGCGGGUUUUGAUAAUGGCGGCUUUAUUGAGGGCAGAGUGUGCCAACCAUACUUUGACGCAACGUGCUGCUUACCGUGCCCCAUGACACAAUGGGCCUACCCAGACACCUUCGAGACGAUGAGUGAAGCGGCCAACUGGGUGUCGGUCGUGAGCACAGUUGGCUGCGUCUUCCUCCUGCUCUCUUGGGCUGUGCUGCCGGUUGAAAAGACUUUCCGGCAUUAUCUCAGUAUCUCCUUGACCACGGCAGUGGUGUUUAUGAAUCUUGGGUUCGUUAUCCCUCUGGCAGCCCAGCCCGAACAAUGUUUCGACGCAAUUACACCCAACUCGAUGAAGACGAGCUCAGUCUGCGCGGCAUCCGGCAUGUUUAUUAUCCUGGGAGGAUGGGCAGGUGUACUUUGGGUCUUCUUGCGCGCGCUCUCCCUGCACCUUCAGAUUUGCUGGCAGCUUGUUGUGGGACGCAACUUUAUGUGGUUUGCUCAGGUUGUCGGCUGGGGCCUCCCUGGUGCGGGCGUUGUUCUCGCCUUCCUCUUGAGCGGUGUGUCGUUCCGAUUCGGACAGACCUGCCAUAUCAACCACAAGAACAGUCUUGCCGAUCUCUGGAUCCCGCUUCUGGUCUUCUCCGGCCUGACAAUUAUCAUUCAGUUCGCGACAUUCGGCUACUGCAUCAAGGUUUACCUCGCAUCGUUGGCCGAUAACAGCGCUUCGACCGAGGGCUCCAACAUGCCAUCCUACACCAACAGCAUCCGGACCAUGACUCCCAAGCAGGCCUAUCGUCGCGUACGCCGCGUGAUUGCGCUGCAGUGGAGAGGUAUCGCUAUCGUCUUGAUCAUCAUCGCCGAUGUCAUUUUCUUUUCCGUCGUUUUCGUUUUCCAAGACAACACUGUCGAGGCUGUCAAGAAUGACAGCACCAUUGCUCGUCCUUGGGCUCUCUGCUUGCUUGAUAACGGUGGGGAUAAGGAGCCCUGCCUGGAGCUUGCAAGUGCCCUGGUGGUCAAUAUGCCAACUGUUGGCGCUGUUCUUUUCCUUCUCGGGAUGAACGGCAUUUGGCUUUGUCUCCUCCUCGGCCGCUGGUCCAUGAUUACGGGCUGGCGUGAUUUGUUGAUCUCUUCCCCUAGCCGGAGCAAGAGAGAGUUUGUUUCAGUCGAUGCGCGGCUCGACGACCUGAAGAAAGAUACACUGACUCCGAUCUCCCCCACGCUGGCCAGAUCAGGAAUGGGGAGCCCUACCAUGCACAGCCAUAACCAAGACCCCGAGAGCGGCCGUCGCACGCCCGACUUUUUCGGUCAAACGCAGAGAUAUCACACGCCAGCGAGAUCAUUCUCCUCGCCACGCCCACCACAACAACCGCAACAAGCGACGGUGACUUGGGAUCCCACAGAGACAUAUGCUCGGGGACAAUCACCAGGGGUCUAUUCCCAAGACGGCAACCCAAACAACUAUGUCAACCCACUGGGCAUGAACAGGUUAUGAGGAUGAUGACGAACGCAACGCCAAAAAAAACCAAUCAUAAAAAUAUAUUCUUGACCUUACUUAAUACUCAAAAACUAAAGAGGAGGGGAGGGUUGGGAAAUGAAGGAUACCCGGGUUCAAUUCACUACACAUAUUUAGCACAAUCCUUAUUGCGGACAUAUACGCGUGCCAGAACCGCCAUUUUUGCAUCAAUUAUUGUACAAUACAU